AAUAUCUCAACAUCCCCUCAAACUAACUCAAGUGAUACAAUAGAAGCCAACUUGCGUUUGAUAAGAAAGUUAAUACCACAAAAGACGCAAAUAAAAAUAACGGAACGACCGGAACUCGAUUCCGACAUCGUCGGGCGAGCGCAGGGGAUGUAUUCAAACACAGCUCGGAACGACUCGGCGCUGCUGAUGGCCGUCACGUUUGUGUUCACGUCGGGGAAGUACGACGGGAGCAGCGUCAGCAUGCUCGGAAGAAACCGCGCGUCCGACCGCGUCCGGGAGAUGCCGAUUGUCGGCGGGAGCAGAGCGUUCGGGAUGGCCCGGGGCUAUGCACUGGCAAGCACGGCUUGGUUCGAUCCCGAGACCGGGAACGCCUGCGUCGAGUACAAUGUUAGUGUGGAACAUUUCGACGUCUGA